AUGUUCAAAGGUGUGUACAACAUGUCUUCCUUCAGUGUCUUCCAGAGGUUCAGUGUUCAGGAAUUCAUGACCUUUACAAGUCAACUGGUUGCGGAAUACUCAGCAAAAGGCAGCAGAGAUUCUGUCGAAGAACAAGUGUAUUUUUGCCAUGUCUACAUCCGGAGUGAUGGUCUUGCAGGUGUGGUCAUUGCUAACAAUGUAUACCUUUCCAGAGUGGCCUUUACUUUGCUGGAGAAGGUACUAGAUGAAUUCUUCAAGCGGGUUGAUAGAAUAGACUGGCCAGUAGGAUCCCCUGCUACAAGAUACCAGAACUGCCAAGAAGCUGAUCCCAUAAGUACAAGCUGA